AUGAAGGCCUAUCUAUCCAAUUUUCCUUCCACUUCCCAACCAAGUCUUAGUAGCUGGACUGACAGAAUUUCCAAAUCAGCUCUUGAUGUGUUGCGCUGGAUUGUGGCAUCUAACCGGUCAUGUAUCAUUCAGGAUGAUCAAGACACCGCUUCCUCUCCGGCGUCAACGUCUGAGCAAAACAAUCCUCUUCAAAACCGGGUAAGCGGUAUGGAUGAAUAUACGCAAUUUCGGUUUGCACAAGGAGCACCUGACAAAGAACAGCGCUUUCUUAAGUCUGUGGCCAGUUCGAGCGAGUCUUCCCAAUAUCCUACACUUUUUACUUGGCAUGGAAGCCCGCUGCAAAAUUGGCACGGCAUAUUACGAGAAGGGCUGCAUUACAAGGACGUACUACAUGGCCGUGCAUUCGGCGAUGGCGUUUACCUGAGUCCUGAAUUCCAUACAUCCAUGACCUACAUGCGUAAUAGUACAUUUGGGGUUUGGGCGCAAAGCGAACUACAGAUAUCAAACGCUAUUUCAUUAAACGAAGUUGUCAAUGCUCCUAAGCGCUUUGUGAGCACUACGCCCCAUUUGGUGGUCAAACAAUUGGAUUGGAUCCAAACGAGAUAUCUUUUCGUUAGCACCAAAAAAAAUCUACCAUAUUAUUCCCCCAUGAACGAAAAGCGUCUGGACUCGUAUUACCGACAAGACCCAAAAUAUACGGCCCUGGGGCCCAACGGAAAGCCGAUCCAAAUUCCUAUGACUGUGUUCAGUCGACAGCGGCGCUUGUGCCUUGAAGCCUCUCUCCCUCGGCCUGGCUCUGGGAUAGCCAAUAUAGCAACAAAAAUCAAAGCAGUGACCAAAAGGCCGCGGACAGAAGAAUAUAGCAAGAAAAAUGGCGCCUCUGGGGAUGGCUGGAUAAGUGAGGAAACUGACACGGAAGACAUACUCAUACUGGUUAGAGGGGAUGUAAAGGGAAAAGCGCCCGUUCGUGGUCCAUCUGCGGUUCCUGAAGCUCCAAAGUCCGACUUCGUUCCGGGAAAGCUGGUUGGGUCGACGUUACCUCUGCUCGGACCGCCUUCAUAUGCCACAUCAGGGGCGACCAAGGCACUGCAAAGAGACCUCAGAACCGCCCUUCAAAUCCAAGAAAAAACUCCUUUACACGAGCUCGGAUGGUAUAUCGAACCCGAAUUCAUCAACACAAUUUACCAGUGGAUAGUCGAACUCCACUCCUUUGAACCUGAGCUUCCCCUUGCCGCUGACUUGAAGAAAGCGGGUUUGACGAGCAUUGUUCUCGAACUCCGAUUUCCUAAGGAUUAUCCCAUGUCUCCGCCCUUCGUCCGUGUCAUUCGCCCUCGAUUCUUGGGCUUCCACCAAGGGGGAGGCGGCCACGUUACAGCCGGUGGAGCUCUGUGCAUGGAGCUGCUCACCAAUUCUGGCUGGUCUGCUGUGUCUAGCAUCGAGAGCGUACUGCUUCAAGUCCGCUUAGCGAUGUCAAGCACGGAUCCAUGGCCGGCGCGGCUGCAGGCGGGUCAGAGCGAGAAGAAAGGUACAGUCGGUAGUUAUGGAGUUCGCGAAGCAGUGGAGGCGUAUAUCAGGGCAUGCAACAUACAUGGUUGGGAGGUCCCGAAGGACUUUGCGCUACAUAUGGGCGGUACCUGGUCGAAUUGA